ACCGUGGUCGUGGGUGCUUUAGUCCAGAGCAGCAGAGCAGCCCGUCUGCUGGGGAGAGAGACAGAGGAAAAGUUCGUCAAGAUGGCAAAUCCCACAGACCCGGAGUGAAGGGGCACCGCUCCCCGAAAAAAGAAGCAGAGCCUGCCGCCCGUCCUGAGACAAACCCAACGAUGCUAACGGCUCCAGGAGGUGAGGCUUAAGAGGGAUUCCCUGAAGAAAAAUGCCAGUGAGGCUGAGGCUGAUGUGACACAGCGUGUGCUGGAAGAAAGCUGACUCAUCAAAUAUCAAUCCCUCUGGGAGCGACUAAGCAGCAGAGAGCAGCUCAUAUCACCUAAUGCCUAGCUAGAAGAGAGCCUUACCCCCCUAUACACACACAUACACACCAAAGGAGAUUAUCAGACAGGAGAAGACGGUGCAGAAACCCCCCUCCAGCAGGAAUAUAUCCAGCAGUGGCUGCGGGCGAAACAAUUUUUGGCACCAGAAGGUCUAACAGUGACUGCAACAACAAAGCUAAGAAUGGCAUCACAGUGGUUCAGCUGAACCUCACCGACUGACUGACCCCUCCCUGUGUGUAGAAACAUCAACAAACAGCUGAUAAGACCAGUGUCAUCCUCCGUCAGUUUUACCCCAGACCAUCAGUGUAAAGUUUGGGGGAGGUUGCUCCUCUCAGCCCAGCCCCGGCACCACCACAGUCAGCCUGCCUUACCCCCGCCACGCAGACCAUGAUGUUUCGCGAUCAGGUGGGCGUGCUAGCCAGCUGGUUCAAGGGGUGGAAUGAGUGCGAGCAGACUGUGGCUCUGCUGUCCCUGCUGAAGAGGGUGAGCCGGACCCAGGCCCGCUUUCUGCAGCUCUGUCUGGAGCACUCUCUGGCUGAGUGCACCGAACUCCAGGUCCUGGAGGGAGAGGCAAACAACCCAGGGGUGAUCAGCCAGUGGCAAGGCGAGUCUAAGGAGCGAGUCAUCUCGCUUGUCCUCACCCAUCUCCCACUGCUCAAACCCGGCAACGUCGAAGCCAAGGGCGAGUACAUGCGCCUGCUGCCACGCAUCCUGGCUCACACCAUCGAGCAUGGCCGUCACCUGGAGGAGUCUCGCCAGCUCCUGUCAUACGCCCUCAUCCACCCCGCCACCUCCCUGGAAGACCGCUCUGCCCUUGCACUUUGGCUGAACCACCUGGAGGAGAGGGCGGCUGCCCGGGGAGACUCACUGGAAAGGCCUCCUCCUUCUGGACCGCACCAUCACCACCACCAGUCCACACCUCCAUCCACCCUCUCCUCAUCAGGUUCCUCCUCCUCCACUAACACCUCUUCAUCAGGCAAUCUCUACUCCUUGCAUCACCACCAGCGCUAUGGCUCAGACGACCGCCUCAAUGGGUGGCAGAGCUCCAGGGAUUCAGGGCUGGGUGGAGGCUGGCAUCAGCAGCAGCAGGGCUGUGAGAACGGGCACCUCCUUCUCUACCCGUCAUCCUCUGUGCCGGCAACCAUCAACACGGUCGGGACUGGUGGAAGCGGUAACACUCUCCUGACGAGUGGAGGUGGCAGCCAGCAGCACAGUCCCCUGAAGCGCUCUGUGUCCCUCACGCCUCCCAUGAGUGGCCCCAGCAACCAGCCUCUGGGCCAUGUCUGGCUGUCCCAGGAGGACCUUCGGACCGCUCGAGGCCCAGCCCCAGACCACGCGCCGCUCUCACCCCAGAGCAGCAUCGCCUCCUCGGGCAGUGGAGGCAGCGAGCAUCUGGAGGAGGCUGGUUUAGGAGGAGGGUCAGGUCUGCAUCGCAGUUCCUUCCAUGAUGAGGGCAGUGGCAUGAGGGGUGGAGGUCUGCUUGUACAGUGGGAUGGACAGACCAGUCCCUGGGUGCACAGUCAUAAAAGUCCAUGUUUGCUGUCAGACCUUCGGCAAAGAUGUCAAAAUGUUCCUGCGUGGCUCAAGAGUCUCCGUCUCCAUAAAUACGCUGCUCUCUUUUCUACCAUGACCUACGAUGAGAUGAUGUCACUGACUGAAGAGCAGCUAGAGGCACAGAAGGUCACUAAAGGAGCACGACACAAGAUUGUUAUCAGCAUCCUGAAGCUCAAAGAGAGGCAGAACCUACUGCGCAGCUUGGAAAAGGAUGUGUUGGAGGGCAGUAAUCUGCGCGCCCCGCUGCAGGAGCUCCACCAGAUGAUCAUGACGCCUAUCAAAGCUUUCAACGGUGGUGAGGAGGCCUCCCUGCAGCGCCCCCUGCUGAGCCAUGAGGGCAAGAACGCAGCGCCAGGCUCCCACCUGACUGGAGUUGGCGGAGGCGGAGGGGAGGCUGAGUCAGGCGCAAGCGUCAUCGCCGAGGGGGAUCUACCCGGCCAGUUCACACGUGUCAUGGGCAAAGUUUGUACCCAGCUACUGGUGUCAAGGUCAGACGAGGACAACAUCAGCUCCUACCUACAACUCAUCGACAAGUGCCUUAUCCAUGAGUCCUUCACUGAGACGCAGAAGAAGAGGCUGUUGUCAUGGAAACAACAGGUCCAGAGGCUGUUCCGGUCCAUUCCGAGGAAAACCCUCCUUGACAUUGCAGGGUACCGACCGCAGAGGAGCCGCUUCGGCCAGUCCAACUCUCUCCCCACCGCUGGCUGUGUUGGGGGCACGGGGGGCGUGUCGGCCAGGAGGAGCCUUCGCCAGUUUCAGAUGCCCUCCAGGAGCUUGCCAGGUGCCAGGCUGGGCCUGCUGGGCAGCGGGGGGCUGCUGGGACCCACACCUCGCAGCUCCAGCAGCACACCCACCGGUCCCAAGCAGGGGAGACAGGGUCUCUGGUUUGCCAACCCCGGAGGAAGCAACAGCAUGCCCAGCCGGACCCACAGCUCCGUGCAGAGGACCCGCUCCCUGCCGGUUCACACCACGCCACAAACCAUGGUCAUGUUCCAACAAGCAGAUCUUCAGUUACCGGUGACAGAGCCAGACAUCAACAAUCGCCUUGAGUCUCUGUGUCUGAGUAUGACAGAGCAUGCCUUGGCAGACGGUGCCGACCGCACAUCAACAAUAUGAAAUGAGGACCUGAGUGAGAGCAGUAGGACAGCGCGGGUUCACGAGGCUCUCUCAUGAUAAGUCACCUCGAGGUCACCAGCCCUCCUGUCCCCUCUCCCUGUAGCCAAUGGUAGAGCUCAACCAAAGGAUCGGGGCGGGAUCCAAGAAACACAAGAGAGCCGACCACCAAACGGCUAACACAAGCUAUCACAUUGGCACCGUCCAUCGGGUCGGAAAAACACACUUCCUGCUCCGCCAGCAUGCUCACAGUCACCUGCAUCUGGGUAAGGAGAGAGAAAAGCAUUGAACACGGCCUGGACAGUGUGUGAACAGCGCCCCCUCCCUAACCGGGGAGGACAGAAGCAGCACUGCAGCCCAGCAGAAGGGAGACGCUGGCCUGUGGAUCAGGGCCCAGUGAGACUGAGGCCCUUUCCCUCUCCGACACCCUCUGGUCCCCGCACAUCGACCACCGCUCGUGGCUUCUUUCAAAUCCAUAACAGUACCUCAGACCCAAAAACAAGACGAGACAAGCAGUUAGAGGGAGGCAGAAGGAAGUUUGGGAUUUCCUUGAGUGUUUUCAGCGAGGACUGGGCGUCUAGCGAGGACGCUUGUAGAGCUCGGGAUGCCUCUUGCUCAGUAUUGGGUGGCAAAAAAAAAUCAUUUAUUUGUAUUGUAUGUAUUUAUUGUUUACAUAAUGAUGCUACUUUCAAAGGGUACAGAAACAUGUAUGAAUUUCAGGUAUGAAUUGUGUAAUCUGUAAAGCCUUGGCUGUCUACCAGCUUUACGUCCCACGAGUAGCCAUCACGCUAGUUUACAACCAACGUGCUUAUUCUUUAUUUUAGCAGCCAACAAUAAAGAGGUGUUGGCUUUACCAAGAGAGAGGAGAGUGACAGAGAGGAGGAGGAGGUAGAGCAGAUGUGUGAAGAGGGCUCAGAGGGAGGAAGUGGAGAAAGACACAGAAAGUAGACGAAGAAAGAAUCAAACUGAGGUGAUACCGGAAAGGGAAGCGGAUGUUUAAAGGAGAAAGACAUCAGAGGCAGGACCUUUGAUCAGCCGAAGAUGACAGAGGAAGAUGAUGUCAUGUCUGAUCAUGUUGCGAGUCUGUUCAUGUGAGUGUAGGAGGAAGUGAGUUACGCACCGGUCAGUUACAUAUUGUUUAUCCACAGCAUGUACUGUAUGAACUCUUUGAAUUCAGAGCCUUUGUAGGCACGAUACAUUGAAAAUGUAGGGGUUUUUUUAUACACGUAAAUGGGAGAUUUAUGUCGUCAGUGGGAUCUGUCUGCAUGUUCAGAUACUGGGUUUAGUUUGUUUUUUCUAAAGCAGGGUGAUAUGCUAAAGCUGCAUGUUACAACUAAAUAUCUUUCUUGGAGGAAAGGAAGAUUGUGAAAUGUGUGAAAGAUGGCAGGAAAAAAAAAACAGGAGGUUGAUCUGGUUUCCACUCGGACCGUGUUGCAACAUUGGAGAAAUCACACACUGUCAAUCCAUGAAGGGUAGUUUUCCCAGAGAUUGUCUCAUUAGCUCUUACCUCCACCUGCUGGCCAAACACAGUCAUAGCAGGGCAGACGCUGAAGUCCAUGGACACACAGGCAGAUCAUUGAAAAAUCAUUUAUGACUAUUAUUUGGGGAGCUCUCAAAGAUCACCCCUGUAACAUGGUCUUCUGUCUGCCCCGUCAGUGCAGGCCUACAUGGAAUUUAUUUUCUGAAUCUCAUGGUUAUUCUGUGUCUUAAUAUUUAUCCUCAGUUUAUUGUGUCUGGGAUACAGACUUUAUAAGAAAAGGUGUAUAUCGAAAUAAGCUGGUUAGGAAACUCCCCGCUGUGCCGCUUUCAUCUGAGCACGUGUGCCGAGAGUCCUGACCCUGAGCAGUCACCAUCGAGGGUUAUUGAUUAUUAUUGUUUAGUUUCUUUCAUUAGUUUGUUGCAAUUCUAUAGUGCUUCCUUUUGUAUCCUGCACUUAAUGAGAUAAUGUGAUACACUAAAAUCCAAAUGUUCAAGGCUCAAGCAACGGUUUUGUGCUUUGGAGUCGGAUCAAACGGAGCAGGUUGAAGAGAUGAGACUGACGCUGGCUCUUGACUGCAGAGCUUCAGCGUCGGUGGACGGACUAGAGUCAAGCGGUAGAAUCACGACAGGUGGCGAUGCGAGACAGCUCCUGAGGCCUCUCAUUGACCUGAAAUGAUUUCUGUUUGACUGAUGGUGAGAUGUUGGAGUUGAGAACACUUUUCUGUUAUCAUGUCAUACACAGUUUAAGGACCACACCGGUGUUUGUGCAUGUUUUAGCCCAUUUACUACAAUCUCACAGCCAGCUAUUUUUAUCUUAUCUUUUUAUGAUUGUCCAGGCAAACACAAGCUUCCAGUAAUUUUGUCAUGGUAUUAAAAUGAACUGGUAUGGUCACAAGAUCUCCUAGGAAUGUUAAUCCAUCACAGCAACCUUUCUUUAACUUGUUUGAUUGGGUUUUUUGGGGCAUUUUGCCUUUAUUUGAUAGUGAAAGCUGUAGAGAGACAGGAAAUGCAGGGUACAGAGCUGCAAUCGAACCCAUGCCACUGCAGUAUGGACUAAACCUUAAUGGUAUGAGCUAUUCUACAUGAGCUAAUGGGGUGCCCUGCAGUGCAGCCUUUUUAAAAGAUCUGCACCUACAAAUGAAUAACUGUAUUUUAAUUUGGGAAGCUAGCUUCUCAAGCAAGCUUCAGUUUCGUACCAUAACAGAAACCACUGGCUGCCUACAAGCCUGGACAAACAUAGAAUCUAUAUAACACUACAGUACUCUUUAAAAACAGACAGCAGUGAUGCAUUCAGUGUGUGAUCUAUAUUAAAGGGACUAAAACAUGCAGAAAUCUGUGAUGGUGCCUUAUUGUGACGCCUGGAGCCCAAACUGCCUCAUGACUGGCUGUAUGUGGCUUCAGACUCAAUGAUGGCGGCUUGAAACUGCAGUGUGGAUCAGUACACACACACCACAGAUAAAGUGUGUGUCGUUCGUGACGGUUUCUGCUCUUAUACUUUGAGUGUAUAAGAGCCAAGCAGACGUCGUGCGUACGUUUGUGAAUGAAGAUGAAGAUUCCACCAAAGCCUGAAUGUGACAUGAACUGAUGUUACACCUUUAAACGUCUUUUUUUUCUGAUGCUCCUCGCUGAGAAGCAGCAUCGUGUCUAAUCAUAGACUGUUUCAGUGUCACUGCCAUAUGAAUCAGUACUUAAAGUAGAUACAAUUAUUUAUUCUUUUUUUUUUUUUUUUCAUAAUUUUUGCAGAGGUGAUACUUUUACUCAUUUAGGUGUAUUAUUAUUUAAAGUACCAUAUGUAUUAACAUGUUAUGGCUGGUGACCAUACGUACAUCUCAAAUAUUAACAUAGUUAUUGUUGACUUUGUUUUUCUUUUUAUGUUUUGUUGUUGCUGUUGUUGAACUAUAAUCGUGUUUGUAUCUAUCAGUGUCAUGUUGAGAUUUUUUUUUUUUUUUUUCCUCUUGUGAAGCUUCGCUGUCGGAGCACAGCCGAGAGCAGCAGCUGGUCCGUCACAGAUACAUCGAGUCAUGUUCGGUUACAGAAUUCACGUCAGAGGAGGUGUCGGCAAACAAAACGGCGGGGUUGUUGUUGUAGUCUGUGGCAGGCCAGGAAGUAGACUGGUCCAUACUGAUCUGGAGUCUGAACUUGGUGCUGUGGAUGUGUUACCACCUAACUGUAUGGUCCUGAUGGGAGAGGUGAUGACUGCAGGUUUGAAUGUGUGUUAGUUUAAAGAAUGAGACUGGCAUUAGUUAUAUUUUUCUUACUGUCAACAAAUUCCACGAAAAGACCAAAUUCAACAGUGUGUUAGUCCGUCUGUCGAUACAAUAAGUCUUUACAAGUGCAAAUGUUUAGUUUGCAAGCACUGUGCACCAAGCAGGAGGAAACAGUGCCUUUGUUGGGGACUAUUUUCAGUGGUGGAUUAAUCCACAUUUGAGGCGGUAGUGAGGAUAUGUGUCAGCAGGACGGUGUGUGUUCGUGGUAAUGAAGGAACAUGUCACUCAGUGCAGAGGUGUGUCUCACUGAUGUGUCUUUGGGACAAAGAUGGAGGUCUAUGGCACAGAAGAAAAUGAUAUAUGAGGAUUAUAUACAUACACAUUAUUUGUUAAAUACAUUUUGGUUUUGGUCUUUCUAUGGAAUUUGUUUACAUUGAGAAAAAUCUAGACUAUGAUCAGACUUAUCUUUCAAACACAAACCUGCAGUCAGUGAUGUAAUCAAAGGGAUUAUUGAAACUGUAAUAUUUUUGCCGCAUUGUUAUUUACGUUCAUAUCACUUUGCCAUGUUUGAGUUAUAAAGGUCUUGACACAAAGGUUCAGGAGAUUUCUUUCAGUAUUGCAUAAAAACACUAGCUCUAGUCUGUGACUGACGGCGUUUGAAUAACCUGAAGUUUAUGUGAUUUUUCUCAGUGACGUAGCAGAGCAGAGUCACAUGUUUGAGUUCAGAACAACACAACAGGCCUCCGGUUUCCUGCAGCAUCUCUGGGUCAAAGAGACGUCCGUGUGAACACAGAACAUACCUGUGACGGGGCAGUGGAAGGUUACAGCUCUGAGGUCUGGAUCGUUACACAUCUCUUCAAACCAAAUGCUUUUUUUUUUUUUUUUCUUCUAAAUGCAUAUCAGCUCUGUGGGUGUCCAGGAGUGCUUCUAACGCUGUGCACACUGCAGUAUUAACAGUUAGAUAACGCCUUGAUAUUCCAAAAAAAAACAUUUAAUGUACUUUAAGUCGAGACAUAUAUGCUGUUUUGUAUCUUUUAUUUUUGUCAUAGAUUCUGCAGUUUAGUCAGUUUAUGUCGAUAUGGGAUGCCAAGACUAUUUUUUUUUGUUUUUGUUUUGUUUUUGUAAAUUCCGCAGCAUCCAUUCUGUAACAAAGUGUUACCGCUUGACUGUGCUCCUUUAUUUCAUUUAGUUUUAUUUUAUCAAAGAGCCGAUGUCCUGUAUUGACUGCAGGCUUACGUAUAUAUUUGACAAAAGAAUAUUGUAUGUUUAAUAAUAAAAAAACACAAAAAAGACAAAAAAUUGAAGAAAAUGCAGAAAAAAGAAAAGGAGAAAAUUUGGGGUGGGGGGGUUAAAAAAAAGUGUAAUUUAUAUUUUAAAAACUGCAUGCACAAGGCUGGGAAAGUCAUAUUUAGAAUAACAAAUGGCAGUGCCUUUUUUGUACUCGAGACAUUCACCCCAAAUGUAAAUGGUUUUAUAUAGACUCUAAAGACUGUAACGUUACAGGAUGAAACAGCUGUGUCGGGUCACGUUCACACUGCGGCCACAGGCGUCCUAAUUCAGAUUCCAACCCCAACCCCCCAACCAAACUGUCCCUGCCCUCAAAACUGAUCACUGUGUAAGAUAUAUUCACUUGUGUUUGAUACAGUUGACGUCCACGGAGGACAAAAAAACUAAAGAUCAUUGAUGUAGUAUGUCUUUGUGGAGACUCUUUAAAUUUAGCUGCAGCCUUCAACAUCAUCCCACAGUGAUUAUUAAGUCCUUAUUUGGGAUGAUCAGUGACAAAUAAAGGGCCACAUCUAACAGUUAUUAUCAUCAUUAAUUAAUCUGCUGAUAAUAAUUAAUCCUUUGCCCUAUAAAAGAUUAAAAAAAAAUAGUGUGAAAUGUCUGUCAGGUGACGUCUUAUUGAACAACUGUCCAAUAUAAGACAAGAAAAAGCAGCAGAUCCUCACAUUGGAGAAGCUGAAAGCGAGCAAGUUCAAGUUUAAGUCAUUUUCAAAAGAAACUUAAAUGUAUUUUAGCUGCUAAACAUUUGCAGUCACUAAUUAAAGCACCUUCAUAUCUGAUUUCUGCUGCUGUCAAAGACUAAACGUGAACAUUCAAACACAAAGUUUAAUCUGAAUUGAGCAUCGAGGCGUGCGGUGUGAACGAGGCCUGCGGCGGUGAACUCGGUCUGUUGUUUCUGUACUCUGUAGGUACUUCUUAAUGCUGAUAUGAAGUUAUGAAUUAUUCUGGUCUGUACAAAAAAUGUGUGAAUGAGUGUGUGAGUGUGUGUGAGUGUAAGUGCGUGUGUGUGUGUGUGUGUGUGAAAACAUUCAAGUGUUUUUCAAUGUGUCUUGCUGUAAUUUUGUGGCGACGUACCAGAAUGCUGUGACUUGGCAUGCCCCCGUUAUACAUAAAGAAAAGUUGUAACUCCUCCAGUGUGUCUCUGUGUGUGU